ACCGCUGUUCUAGUUUAGUUUGUGACGUGUACAUGUUCCGAGCAGCUUCACGAGAAGAGCAGCGAGCUCGAGCGGAGUGGAAGCGGGUGUGAGAUACCUCCCAGAGCCAGAAUGUCAGAAGGGGACAGUACUGGAGAAUCCAUUCACGGGAAGCCGUCCGCAAUAAGCAGAUUUUUCACGCGUCUAGGACAGGUUUACCAGUCCUGGCUGGACAAAUCCACACCUUUUGCUGUAUUGCGAUGGGUGGUUACUUUAGGUUUGACACUAAUCUACAUGAUUCGAGUCUACUUGCUGCAGGGAUGGUAUAUUGUAACAUAUGCACUUGGGAUCUACCAUCUUAAUCUCUUCAUCGCUUUUCUAUCACCGAAAGUGGACCCAUCUUUAAUGGAAGACAUGGAUGAUGGCCCUUCAUUACCAACAAAACAGAAUGAAGAAUUCAGACCAUUCAUUAGAAGGUUACCAGAAUUCAAAUUCUGGCAUUCUGCAACCAAGGGGAUCGUCAUAGCUAUGAUUUGCACAUUUUUUGAAGCCUUCAAUGUGCCGGUUUUCUGGCCAAUUCUUGUCAUGUAUUUUAUCAUGCUUUUCUGCAUCACAAUGAAGAGGCAGAUUAAGCAUAUGAUCAAAUACAGAUAUUUGCCAUUCACUCAUGGAAAGAGAACUUAUAAAGGAAAAGAAGAUGGUGGGAAAACAUUUGCAAGUUAAAGUGCUCAGUCCUCUGAAGCAACUGCUCACCUGGGGUGGGGGGGAAAUGGAAAAACAAGCAACAAAAAGUACAUUGGAAAAAGUUUUUAUCUACUGUGACAGCGUGGGAUGGCAGCCACAAUCAGGCAUUGCGUUGCAAGACUCCUGGUAAUCCUGAUAGAUUUCCAAAUUGAAGUAUAAUCUGGAUGGACAGUUUGGAGAUUUGGAAUGUGUUUCCUUGGAUUUUUUUUCCCUUUUGCUUUUACCUUUUUGCCUUUUUUGCUGCCCCUCCUCAAUAACUAAGGACAGCUCUUGAGCAAAGUGGAGUACUUGAAUGUAUUUGUAGAAGUUACUUUAGUUUCGCAGCGAGCCCCCAUAUCCUCCAUGCCAAGGCUCCUACUUCAGGGAUCUUUGAGAAACAAUACAAUUCUCAUAUUUUUUUUGCAUGUAGGAUGUGGUUGAUGUAUAUUCGCCACUUAAAAUUGUUUGGUGGGGGCCCUUGUGUCGCUGCACGCAUUCCUUCAGACGAGUAUUUCCGAGCACAACUACACUAUCAUCAAGCAGCAAGCACUGAUUUGCUGGCCUGCACUGGACGGCUUUCAUACAAAGACUUGCGGCUGUUUGCAAAACCGAAGGGAAAUUUGCCUUUUUUUUUUUUUUUUUUUAAACCCUGAUUUAUUUUAUCAUAUUAUUUUUUAUCAUAAUAUGUACUAUAUGUGCUGAUUGACAGAGAAGUGCAGCCUUGAUGUGAGGUUCUUAUCAAGUUAAAGAGUUGUUGUUUUUAAUGGUAAUCUUCCCACACAGUGCACAGAUUAGUCAGCAGCUAGUGAAACAUCAAAAAGCUUGUGUUUGUUCUUUUUCUUUCUUUUUUUUUUUUUUUUUAAGCCUUCACCCCAGAUUGAAAAAAUUGUUGAAUCAUUUUGUUAAAAGUUCAUUUUUUUUAAUGUUAAGAAUAUUUUGGACUCGUAUUGUUUUAAACAAAAGUAAAUUUUGCAAGCCAGUUUUUUUUCCAAUUUUGAGAAAUAAUUUAUCAAUUUCCUUCUAAAUAAUUUCGGGUUAGAGGUGGGGGGUGGGGAGUAACAGACCAAUAUUAGAUUUAUAAUCAGUUUUCUUCAAUAAAACAAAGUGUUUAAUUGCA